GACUCGAUAAACGCAGUAAACCACCGCCACCACUGAUGUAUCUCUCUAUUACUCGUGUUUUUAUCUGAACUUAUUAUUUUCGGGCCGUCGUUUUUACAUAUAUGUUGUACGCGCACCGCGGCAGUCUACCACAACAAUUAUAGGUACGCGGUACCCGAUCGCGAUAAUACCACCGAAAAACCACCCAAAUCUACCACGACGAUAUAAUAUUAUUAUAUACACGACAUUUAGUUAGAGCUUGCACGUGAAUGUGUGCGCCCGCAAAAGUUGAAAAACCGACCAGAUCCGAAUAAUUAUCAUACAGAUAAAUAUUAUAUAAUAUUACAUUGUAAUUAUUAUCCUCGUGUCGUCUUCGUAUUCGUUCGCGUAUACACAUGUGUCCGUGUAAUAGAUAAACGUUAUUUUUUUCCUAAGACACAUAAUAUUGUAUUAUAAUAUUAUUAUUACAUAUACGUCAUAUUUUUGUACGCUGUUAUUGAUUGAAAUUUUUUGAUUUGGUUUUGUUUUUAUUUUCAACUAUACUUUUCGGUUUUGGUUCAUCUAUGCAGAAACUCAUACUACAGACUUACGAAGCACCAGGGACGUGAUGGGUUUGGAUUUCUUGGAUAAUGGCUCAAUUUUUGAGCACGCCAUAACGUGUGCAGAAUUCGGCCGAUUCCACUAUUUCUUAUUGGCACUAUGUGGUCUCAUCUACAUGAACUGCGCUAUAUCCGUAAGUGUUGUAUCUUUCGUCCUGCCUUCGGCGCAAUGCGACUUCAAUCUCAGCUCAUCAGACAAGGGCUUAUUGAACGCCGUGCCUCUUUUAGGCAUGCUCCUGGGAGCGUACUUUUGGGGCUGUCUAGCCGACAUGCACGGUAGAAAGAAGGCUUUGAUCGCAGCGCUGCUCGUGGAUGGCCUAUUCAGCCUGCUUUCGAGCUUCCUCACUUUCUUUUGGCCAUUUUUGUUCUGUCGUUUCUUCAGUGGUUUCGGUCUGUCCGGAUACUUGGGAAUUUGUUUCUCGUAUUUGGGUGAAUUUCAGCCGAAAAUCUAUAGAGAAAAAGUGCUGUCAUGGUUGGAAAUGUUUUGGACAGUUGGCAUUAUACUGCUACCACUGGUUGCUUGGGGUAUCAUCCCGUUGCCGUCCAACUACACUAUCGGGAUACUCAGGUAUUCGUCAUGGAAUCUGUUCCUAACGUUGUGCUCAUUGCCCAGUAUCCUUUUGGCCUUGUGGCUGACCCGAUUCCCGGAAAGCCCAAAGUUUCUGUUGGAGUGCGGUGAAUUUGAUGAGGCACUCGAAUGUCUAAAGCGGAUUUACACGGAGAAUACCGGCGAACCAGGAGACGCAUAUCCUGUACGGAGUCUCAUAGAGAACGAAGUCCGAUGCAGCGUUAUCAGCAUACAGUCAAAGCGUUCGUUACGCAGCAUGAAGACGGUCAAAACGCCAAAGGACCUCAAGAACCUGCUUAACGAGGUGUGGUACCAGACUAAAGAAAUGUUUAAACCACCACACCUAAAGAACACGUUGCUCACGUGCCUCAUACAGUUUGGACUGACUUCCAGUUACUACACGCUGAUGAUGUGGUUCCCGGAGCUGUUCAAUAGGUUCGAGACAUUCGAACGCCAAAAACCCGGAGUAGAAGUGUCAGUGUGUCAAGUGUCAUCCGUGUACAUAGAACAUGAUGGCGCUUUGAACACGGCUGACUUGUGCGGAUCAGCAGUUGGCGAGUCCGUGUACACGCACACUCUGUGGAUCGGCAUAGCAUGCAUACCCACAUCACUGUGGAUGCCCCUAUGCGUGCACCGACUUGGCGCUAAAUUCUUCUUGGUGAUGUGCCUAUUUGUAUCUGGAAUUGUGGCCGCCGCUCUGUACUUCGUGAAAAACGCUUUGCAAAACCUCAUACUGUCGUGCCUGUUCGAAGCAUUCAGCGGACUGGGAAUCAGUGUGUUGCUAUGCAUCAUGGUCGAUCUGUUCCCCACCAAUAUGAGAGUAAUGGCAGCCGCGGCUUCAGCGACGUUCGGCCGCCUUGGAUCAUUGAUGGCCAACAUCACAUUCGGACUGCUCAUCGACUCUCACUGCAUUCUGCUAAUCAUCAUAUUCAGCUCGUUGUUGAUAAUAAGCGGACUGCUCUCUUUGGCUCUUCCAAACGGAAACAACAAAGACUUAGACUAGCGGUCGGUAACCGCAGACCACUCCAUCGGAUAUAUACAUUCGGUAAUAUGCAUAGAUAAAAUAUUGCUUUAACUGCUGUUGAAUUCACGGAGAAUGUCAGCGUGAGUGUGCUGAAUUACUGUUCUUCUGGAUACCUACAAAAUAUUUAUUUUUGGAAAAAAAAUUAUUUGUAAGUUUAUAACUUAAUUAUAAUGUGACAACUAUUUUUUUUUUUGUAAAUAAAUAAGUGUAUCCGAUAAAUAUUUAAUUUUUAAGUACCUAUCAUGUGUGAAUUUUUCAUUCUUUUUUUUUCAUAUUAUAUUGUUAUAAGAUAAUAAAUAAAAUAAUAUUUUAAGCAUAAGUUAUAAUACGCCCUACGAUUUUGUAACUUUUAUUAAAAUAUUAUGUUUUAUUUAUGAAGUUACGAAAUGUUACCUUAUUUUUAUUCCGUUUUACCUAUAUAAUAUAACAUAUUUUGUUCGAUUGUUAUUAUUAUUAUGAUAACGAUUUUUAUUAAAACUUAUUAUAAUAUUAUACACUAUAUAUAUUAUAUUAUAUAUAACUAAUUAUAAAAUGAAGUAAAAAUGUGUUUUUAUA